AUGGUAGCACAAAAAACCUUGUAUCUCCUCGCGACGCUAAGCUCCGUGUUGUGCCUGACUUACGCAGCUCCCGGAUUUUCCCAUGGUGACUUUGGCCACCUCUCCGGCGGAUACGGCCACGAGGACUUUGGCGGUGGUUCUUCUGGCGGAUUCGAAGGCGGACACGGCUUUGGUGAUGGCGGUCACGGUUUCGAAGAAGGCGGACACGAAUCAGAAGAAUCUCUAGGAGGCGGCGGAGGCGCUGACGGCGGCGAGGAGCACCAUGUCCAACACGUUCACACCACUACCCACGAGCACACUAAACAUGUUCCAGUGCCAGUAUAUCAGAAGAUCGGAGUCCCAAUUCCUCAUCCAGUUCCUAAAGCUAUCCCACAAUACGUCAAGGUUGGAAUCCCACAACCGUAUGCUGUUCAUGUAGCUGUUAAGCAACCUAUUGAAGUGCCAACUUACAAAGUAGUAACAAAAGUUAUUGAAAAGAAAGUACCUUAUACCGUAGAAAAAACAGUUCCAUAUAUCGUCGAAAAACCUUACCCCGUCCACGUUGAGAAGAAAUAUCCAGUCAAGGUCCCACAUCCUUAUCCAGUAUAUGUCACUAUCUACAAGCACGUCUUGCACCACACAAAGAAAGAGAAGAAGCACUAG